CCCCGGUGAGUUGAGCGGGGCUCCGGCAGCUGCUCUCAGCCCGGCUGCAGACCCGCGCUCGCAGCACCGGGGAUGGGAGAGCGGAGCCCUGCGCGGGGCCCGCCCGCCCGGCGCUAGCCGCCCCCGGCCCGUCCCGCCCAGCGCAGGGAAGAAGCUGGCCAGGAUUGGCACGUUGGAACCAGGGACCAGUCCUGGCUCCAGCGCCCGCCUGCCCUGGGCUCAGAGACCAAGGAUGGAUGCAGAGCCCUCUCCGUUGGGUGGCUGGCUGGACAAUGGCUCUUGGACACCAAUGCCUACUGCUGCCCCCCACCUGGACAUGAGCACGCCAGCGGGCCCUGGCAGGAGGGGGCUGUGGAUCUUUAAUAGCAGUGGGGAGGACACAUCACCCCCAUUCCUGACGGAUGCUUGGCUGGUGCCACUUUUCUAUGCCCUCGUCAUGCUGCUGGGGCUGGUGGGCAACUCACUCGUCAUCUACGUGGUGUCCAAGCACCGGCAGAUGCGCACAGCCACCAACUUCUACAUCGCAAACCUGGCGACCACAGACAUCAUCUUCCUGGUGUGCUGUGUCCCCUUCACCGCCACGCUCUACCCCCUGCCCAGCUGGAUCUUCGGCGACUUCAUGUGCAAACUUGUCAACUACCUGCAACAGGUGACAGCACAGGCCACCUGCAUCACCCUGACGGCAAUGAGCAUGGACCGCUGCUACGCCACCCUCUACCCGCUGCAGUCGCUGCGCUACCGCACCCCACGCGUGGCCAUGGGCGUCAGCGUGGCCAUUUGGAUCAGCUCCUUCCUUCUCUCGCUGCCUAUAGCCAUGUACCACCGCACUGAGGUAGGCUACUGGUAUGGGCUGCGCACCUAUUGCAUCGAGGCCUUCGCCAGCAAAAGCCAGGAGCGCAGCAUCAUCCUCUACACCUUCCUGGCUGUCUACCUGCUGCCUCUGCUCACCAUCUGCCUCUGCUACUCCAUCAUGCUCAAGCGUGUGGGGCGCCCCAUCGUGGAGCCCAUCGACCACAACUACCAGCAGGUACAGCACCUGUCCGAGCGCUCUGUCGCCAUGAGGGCCAAGGUGUCCAAGAUGGUGGUGGUGAUCGUGGUACUCUUCACUGUGUGCUGGGGCCCCAUCCAGCUCUACCUCCUCUUCCAGGGCUUCUAUGGCAGCUUCCAGGCCAAUUACGAGACCUACAAGAUCAAGACGUGGGCCAACUGCAUGUCCUACGCCAACUCCUCCAUCAACCCCAUCGUCUAUGCCUUCAUGGGCGACAGCUUCAGAAAGUCCUUCAAGAAGGCUUUCCCCUUCCUCUUCCGGCGUCGGGUGCGGGACGGCGCCGUCCUCUCCGGCUCCCGCAAUGCCGACAUGAAGUUUGUCACUGAGGAGACCUAGUCCCAGCCCCAGUCGUGCUACCCUGUGCGGCCUGCUCCUCCUGGCUGUGGACACUGAGGUGGUAAAUCCAAUAUGGCUGCUGGGCCACACUGACAUUGCUCAGGGCAAGAGGCACCAUUCAAUGGAAGCUGUGGUGGCUGGCUGUUCAGAAUCCCUGGCUUGGAAGGGGCCAGUGAUAGGGCCAGGGGUUCUUCCCAAAGGGCUUUCUUAUUUGGGGUUCCUCUGUGCUCAGGCUGAGGCAUCCUCACAGUCCAAAUACUGAGGCAACCAGAAAUGAGUGGACACUUUGGGAAGUGUGUGUCCUAAGCCAGAUGCCUCCCUUCCCGCCGCCAUACCAGUGUCCCCAGCACAUCAUCGUAGCUUUGAGCAUCCCUGCUGGUGCCUCAGGGACCUGCCCAGAGCAUCUGGAAAUAAAGCUCUUUGGCUUUGUAAGGAGACAUUGGCCUGAUGUUUGGGGUGGGGGACGUCUGAAAAGGUGUCUCCUAUGCCAGGCUGGAGGAUUGAGAGCGAAGCCUUGCCUCCGAACCAGGGGGCCAACAGCUUAAUAACUCAUCCACAGGGACCUGGGCUGAGACCAGCCCCAAGCCCCUUUUCCCCAGCCGGUGAAUGGCCCUCAGCGAGCAGCACCUUUUAAUCCCUAGAGCACAGGGCUCGGCUGGAUCUGGCCAGCUUGUAGGUCCCCUUAUUGCUCUUUGCUGCUCCCAUCAAUCCCCCUGUUAUGCCUUCCCCACAGCUCCAUGCAGCCAAUGGGGUUUAAAAACAAAACAACUAGCCAAUGACAACAACCCUUCCAUGUAGGCUUGUUGGCCAAUCCAAAGUAGUGGCUCAACCAGCCGGGGUGAGGGUUCUUUAUGGGGAGGGUUGGGACUGAAACAGACACUAUCCACCCCCUCCCCAGUGGCCAUCAGGGAGCCCUGGGGGCUGUGGGUGGGGUGGGUCAGAUUUAGGGCACCUGAGCAGGAGGUUCUUGAGCUUGCUGCAAAACCUAUUCAUGUGGGAGCUCCCUGUGCAGCAGGUGUGAUGGCCACCAUCUUGGCAACAUCCAAAGCUAAAAGCCAGGGCUGCUGUAGAUAGCUUGAGUUACAAAACCAGGGCUGGGGCUGGCACAGCCACGUGCCCUGUGUAGAUCAGGCACAGAGAUGGCAGCCAUCUUGUUGCCAGAAUCACUGCAGACUGUUUCACAGGAGAAAUGCACAGACUACGCUCUCUCAUCUGUAUUCCACAUCCUCCAGGGUGCAAGCACAUGGCAUGUGGAAAAACCACAACAGUCACAAAAUAAAAGCUCCCUAAAUAACCCCCUUCAUCCAACAAUUUCAGUGUCUGAGAAAAUCUGCUGGGGUCGUGACGGGUUCAUGGGCAGAAUGAGUUGAGUAACCUGUUUGCAGUGAGUAGCUGGGCCAGUUCUGUCUACAGUCCCCCAGCAGUCAGAGGAUGCCUGCAGCCAGCAGAGAAACACCUGGGUUGUCAUCACUUGCAUUUAAACAGUGCCCUGCGUCCCAAAGUGCUAGUGCCCCAGACGUGCACCUGAGAGAGGGGAGGGGGCAGCGCCAGCCCCGGUGCUGGGGCAAAGGGGCACGAAGAGGAGCCACAAGGGGGAACAAAGCUUGUCCGAGCUGGGUUGAAAAUUUUAGUUGAAACCAUUUUCUAUCAGAAAAUGCCAUUUUGGUUAAGCCAAAAAUUUUGGCAAAAUCUUAUGGACUUUGAUGAAAUUUUGCUUAUAAAAUUGGGGGGGGAUUUGAAAAUGUCAAAACAGUCAAAAGUUUUGAAAAUGUCAAAAUUGCAACAAUUUCAGGAAAAAAGUUUGGAUUUUUGGCUUUUCUUUUGAAACAACUUUUCAUUGAGAAUUUUACAUUUUAUGUAUUAAACAAGCAAGGGUCAAAAUCAAAAUAUUUUGUAUUUAUCAAAAUCAAAACAUUUGGAUUGCCCUGAAACAAUUUUUCCUCAAGAGUUUCAUUUAGUGAAAAAAUGUUGAAAUAUCCUGAUUUGAGACAGGGGUUUGGGUUUUUUUGGAUUUUUUUGCAGGUUGGAAAGUCCAUUUUUUGACCAGCUCUGCUCCGCUGUACAGAACUGCCCAUGGAAACCCAUGUGCCCCAUUAUCUUUGGGUACAUCCUUCCCUUAUGGCUAGGCUGCUGGUAUAAGGAGCUGGUGCUUACACUAGGGAAAAGUGUAUUUUUAACUCCACCAGAACACCCUGUGCUAACAUUACAGCUUGCCUUGGCCACAAUGGGGUAUGUAACGUUAGUUAUUGCGCACUUAAAAUACAGCUUUUUAGCUAGUGGCGACAUGGACAGAGGCACUGAAUGAAAGAAGGGUGGUGCAGUUGUUAGCACACAAGCUUAGAUGUGAGACAGCUAGGAUUCAAUUCCCAGUUCUGUCACCAACUCCCUCUUGGGCCUCGGUUUCCCAGUGCGUUACGAUGCAGUCUAUGAAUACAUGAUCGCAUGCGAGUUUUUCCACCGGACCCCGGUGGGAUUCAGUGCACAGGAUGGAUGUAUUCAAUAGGUCGCUUUCUCCUUGUUCAAUGGUGGCCCCUGACUAUUGACUGAAUAUGAUUCAUAUCCUGCUCUGAAGACAGAAUUAUUAAUUUCUUCUUGGGCUUUUCUAUGGUGCUCAUCACUA